AUGAAAUCUCCAUCCGUAAGUGUCGAGCUCCAGUGCCAGGCCACUUGUCACUACAUGCUGCCAGUGGAUAGCAGAAAUGGGUUCAGCAUCAGCGACAACUUGCAUGGUAUUGGCUCUCUGGCAGGCACCAGUUUUGUGCGAGAUUUAGUCAGCCAUGCCUUCAGCGUUCUUUCCUCGAUGCACGGCAAGGGCCUUCUCUCCGCUGGUCCUCGGCUUCGGCUGAGCAGCAACCAGGCCCAGGCGGAUGGGAUUCGAAGGUUUGCAGCCGUCACUUUUGCGGCACGGCUGGUGGCGAACCUGGCCACACGCAAAGCUGCACCCCCCUGUCCACCUGCAGAAGCCCACAUCCUCAGCCUUCACAUGGCAGCAUUCUUGGUCUGGUCAGCAGAAUCACGGGUGCUUCAACCCGUGAUGUCCGCAGGGCCGCCAGCCGGCUCGACGGUGCUGUUGUUGGGCCCUUGCGAAGUCGCUGAGGUCUUGUCCCGAAUGUACCAGGUCAAUGUGACCAGAGUGAACGAAGAGCCACUGCCAUCUUCGGAGACGUACGGUGUUGUGACACAGGCUCUUCAAAGUUUUCCUGGCGAGGUCUUUGAUGGUGCCUUGGUCUACUGGCCGGCUUGGGUUGCCGGGCUGGCCGACCCAGAGAUUAGCUCGCCGUCUGGUUUCAGCCAACUUUGCCAUGCCUUGGAAACCACGACCAGGCAGUUUAUAUGGAUUGGUGGCCUUUCUGCAGAAGCUGCUUCCGAAAUAAGAAGCUGUGCCGACACGUUGAUGAUGCAGCACAG